ACUACUAGGAAAGUUCUGAUUAAAAUAUACAUCAACAAAAGCCAGGUCCUCACUGAGCUUGGUGAUGCAUCUGCAGUACUGUGGCCGCUCCCUGGGACCUGGCUGAGGUGGAGUGUGCUCCUAGAAUACAGCAAUGACCUCAGUGACCAGCUACCCCUGGGAGGAAAGAGCUGGAACCAGGUGACUGCCCUCGCUGCUGCUCUAACUUCUGACCUGUCCAGGAACUCUCUCCAACUGGUCACAAGAACAGAGAGGGGUCCUGCUUAGCCAUCAGUGGACCAGUCUGCUUGGUUAAGGAUCCCUGUGGAGCCAGGGGUCACACCAGUGUCCAGCCUACCCUGACGAGGCCCAGGCCAGAGCCAUGGCAGGAGUCUGUGACAGGGCCCCUGACUUCCUCUCCCCCUCUGAAGACCAGCUCCUGGGGCCUUCCCUGGGUAGUACAGUCACACUCAACUGCACAGCUUGGGUGGUCCCUGGGCCUUCUUGCCCACAGCCUUCAGUCCAGUGGCUAAAAGAUGGGCUUCCACUGGGCAAUGGAAGUGACUACGUCCUCCAUGAGGAUUUCUGGGUCAAGGCGAACUUCUCAAAGAUGCUCGUAUCCAGUAUCCUGGGGGUCAACUUGACCAGCCAUGAGGACUAUGGGGCCUACACCUGCUCUGUCCAGAAUGUCAGCUCCUCUUCCUUCAUUCUCCAGAGAGUUGGCCCCGCAGGCCACGUAGCUGCGGUACUGGCCUCCCUCCUGGUCCUGCUGGCUCUGCUGUUGGCUGUGCUGCUCUACAUUAAGUGUCGCCUCCAUGUGCUACUUUGGUACCAAGACACUUACGGGGAGGUGGAGGUGAACGACGGGAAGCUCUACGACGCCUACGUCUCCUACAGCGACUGUCCCGAGGACCGCAAGUUUGUGAACUUCAUCCUGAAGCCGCAGCUGGAGCGUCGUCGCGGCUACAAGCUCUUCCUGGACGACCGCGACCUCCUGCCUCGCGCGGAGCCCUCCGCCGACCUCCUGGUGAACCUGAGCCGCUGCCGCCGCCUCAUCGUGGUUCUCUCGGACGCCUUCCUGGGCCGGGCCUGGUGCAGCCACAGCUUCCGGGAGGGCCUGUGCCGACUGCUGGAGCUCACGCGCAGACCCAUCUUCAUCACCUUCGAGGGCCAGAGGCGCGACCCCACGCACCCCGCGCUGCACCUGCUGCGCCAGCACCGCCACCUGGUGACCCUGCUGCUCUGGAGGCCCGGCUCUGUGACACCUUCCUCCGAUUUUUGGAAAGAGCUACAGCUGGCGCUGCCGCGGAAGGUGCAGUACCGGCCCGUGGAGGGCGACCCUCAGACCCGGCUACAGGAGGACAAGGACCCCAUGCUGAUCGUGCGAGGCCCGGUGGAGGGCGGGGCCCUGGAGCCCGAGCUGGACCCUGACCCUGAGGGAGACCUGGGUGUACAAGGACCUGUCUUUGGGGAGCCACCAGCUCCACUGCGUACAGGUGGUGUCUCACUGGGAGAGGGCCACGGCCAUGAGGUGGAUGUCUCGGACCUCGGCUCCCGAAACUAUAGUGCUCGCACAGACUUCUACUGCCUGGUGUCUGAGGAUGAUGUGUAGCCCUGGCCCCAGCCUGGAGCACAGGAUCUCAGGGGACAGCUGUGGGGCGGGGGCUGGCAGGACCACAACCCCAGCCUGUAGCCCUGGGCCUCUCAGGGAAGGAAUGCCAGACAAUAAAGUC